AUGGUAAAAGUAGCAGUUGUAGGAGGAGGUAUUUCAGGAAUGUCAGCAGCAUACUUGUUGACACAAGGUGGACAUGAAGUGACAGUGUUUGAAAAGGGUGAUUAUUUGGGAGGUCAUACAAAUACAGUCGAUGCAACAUUUGGAGAUGUAACAGUAAAGGCAGAUACUGGGUUCCUCGUAUUCAACGAUGAAAAGUAUCCCAAUCUAGUCAGACUCUUUAAAGAGAUGGGUAUCAAAUCAGCAGACUCUGAUGUAUCAUUUUCAUUGUCACUCAACGCAAGACCAUUCCCAUACCCACAAUUAUCACCCGAUACUGAUGCCAAUGGUCCACAAACCAAGACAUCGUCAUCGUCGUCGUCGUCGUCAAACAAACUAGUUCGUCGUCCCGAGAUUGAAUGGUGUAGUGACACUGUUUCGACAGUCUUUUCACAAUGGAAGAAUUAUUUUAGUCCAUCGUUUUGGAUGAUGAUUAUCGAUAUGGGUAGAUUCCACAAGGAAGCACCUAUGAUUCUCCACACGCCACACUUGUACGCCGAUAUGACCAUCGAACAGUUUACACGCAAGCAUCGUUACUCUCAAGCCUUUAAAAACUACUAUCUCGUGCCAGUCAUGUCUGCUUUGUGGUCUACCUCGUUUGCCGAGAUUGAUCAAUUCCCCAUCCUCACACUCGUCCGUUUCUUUAACAAUCAUAGUAUGUUUCAAAUGUUUGGACGUCCACAAUGGAAGACUGUACUCGGUGGCAGUUACCUCUACAUGGCCAAGCUCCGCGAGUAUUUAGAGGCCAACAACAGUCGAGUUCUCCUCUCUUCUCCAGCCACCCAAAUCAUCCGUCAUCCAGAGACCGACUCUGUAGACAUUGUAUAUACAACCGCUGAGGGUACAACUCCAGCCACUGAAACAUUUGACUAUGUUGUCAUGGCUUGUCAUCCACCCGAUCUCCUUCCACUCGUCCAAGACCUCACCGAAAAUGAAAGGGAUGUUAUGUCGAAAUUUGUAUACACUCCACAUACCGUCUACCUUCACUCGGACGAACGUCUCAUGCCCAAGCGUAAAAAUACCUGGUCUAGCUGGAACUAUAUCUACGACGACCAUUCCAGUACAGACAAGCAAGUUUGUGUCACCUAUUGGAUCAAUCGUAUCCAACCGUGGUUGGAUCGUGAAAAGACCCCACUCUACGUCACCCUCAAUCCAGUCUUCCCACCAGCCAGUAAUCUAGUUCACAAGGUCAUUCAAUAUGAUCACCCACUCUACAAUGGCACUUCGGAAGCUGCUCGUGAAAGAUUGUCCACCAUUCAAGGUACACGUAGAACCUACUAUUGUGGUGCAUACUAUGGCUAUGGUUUCCACGAAGAUGGUAUCAUCUCGGGUCUCCUCGCCGCUCAAGCUAUCGACCCAUCACUCAAAAAUAUCUGGACUGUCGACACUAGUCGUUAUGCCGACAACCCACCACCAAUCAACAAAUCAAUUUCCUUUGCUCUUAAAACUUUUAGAGUCCUUUUACCUAUUGUCUCCAUUGUUGGAAUGGCUUAUCUUGCUUAUAAUCAAAAAUCAAUCAAUUCUAUUAUAACUCCAAUCUUUAAAAAAAUUGGAAUCUUAAAUAAAAAUUUAAAUUAA